CUGCACUACGGGACCCUCCUGGGCAGCAGAGCUUGUGCCCACAUGGCAGCAGCUGCCUGGGCCAGUGCCUUUCUCUAUUCGCUGCUGCACACAGCCAAUACAUUUUCCCUGCCCCUGUGCCAUGGGAAUGUCCUGGGCCAGUUCUUCUGUGAAAUCCCGCAGAUCCUCAAACUCUCCUGCUCCAAAUCCUAUCUCAGGGAACUUGGGCUCAUUGCUGUAAAUGCCUGUUUGGUAUUUGGCUGUUUUGUGUUCAUUGUUUUCUCCUAUGUGCAGAUCUUCAGGGCUGUACUGAGAAUCCCCUCUGAGCAGGGACGACACAAAGCCUUUUCCACCUGCCUCCCUCACCUUGCCGUGGUCUCCCUGUUCAUCAGCACUGGCAUAUUUGCCAACCUAAAGUCCUCAUCCAUCUCGUCGCCAUCCCUGGAUGUGGCCCUGUCAUUUCUGUACUCGGUGGUGCCUCCAAGCCCGCCAGGUCCUAGCCCCCCCGUGGAACCGUCCAGAAAAACUGUGGUUUCUCUAUCCGUCUCUUCCCCAGUGGUCGCCGAUCAGGAGGCAGAGCAGCGCGCACGAUGCUUCUGGCAGGGACUCACGGAGGAGGCGCGGGACGAGGCCGGAUUGUUGGACCCUGCCAGGAUCGGACAUGCUUGUGGGACGUCCUUGUGA